CGUCAACACAAUUAUGGACACACUGAGAAGCAGCUCUACCCACGCACAGGUACUGGUUGCGCUGUGUCUUUUGGGCAUGGCAACGGCAGACGGCCACAAGGGCUACAAGUACCAAGGACAAGGUUCCUCCGUGGUCGUCAGCAUGGGGGAGGGCGGCGAUUCCUCCGAGGAAUCUCACGGCGGCGAGGCGCAACCAAACGUCGUCCCCUACGGCAAGGCCCAUGGGGGCGAUGAGUCCUCCGAGGAGUCGGACGAAGAGCAGGCUGUUGUGUACUAUGGCAAGGCCCGGGGUGGGAACGAAUAUGGAUCUUCUGAGUAUGGGAAAGCUUACCACACCGAGCCCAACUAUAACUUCAAGUGGGGAGUGGCCGACGCAAAGAGUGGAAAUUACUACAGCCACGCCGAGCAGAGGAAAGGAAAGGACACCCAGGGCGAAUACAGAGUGAAGCUCCCCGACGGGAGGACGCAGAUCGUCACGUACAAGGCUGACGCCUACGGCUACCGCCCGGUCGUGAGGUACGAGGGCCAGGUCAAGUACGGGGGCAAGGGGAAGUACGCUGGGGACAGCAGCGAGGAGAAGGGAGAGCAAGUCCUGUACGUGCCGAGAUACUGA